AUGGUCCAAGUCAAACAAAAAGUCGCCCUCAUCUGCAUCGACGGCUGGGGAAUCCCCUCCGACCGCUCUCCGCCAGACGGCAAUGCCAUCCUCAACGCCGACACGCCAUGGAUGGAUGAGUUCGCCAAGAAGGACAGCAAGAUCACCCAGGGCUACACCGAGCUCGAUGCUUCGUCCCUCGCCGUCGGUCUGCCGGAGGGUCUCAUGGGAAACAGCGAGGUCGGACACUUGAACAUUGGUGCGGGAAGAGUCGUGUGGCAGGAUGUCGUCCGCAUUGAUCAGACGAUCAAGAAGGGCGAGAUGAACAAGGUCGAGAACAUUGUCAAGAGCUUCCAGCGGGCCAAGGACGGUAAUGGCAGAUUGCAUCUUUGCGGUCUGGUCAGUGAUGGUGGUGUUCAUUCGCACAUCAAUCACCUCAAGUCGUUGCUGGGUGUGGCUAAGGAGAUCGGUGUGCCGCACGUUUACAUUCAUUUCUUCGGCGACGGCCGGGACACCGACCCAAAGAGCGGCAAGGGUCAUCUUGAGGAUCUGCUGGCUUUCAUUGAGAAGGAGAAGAUUGGAAAGCUUGCGACGAUUGUCGGCCGCUACUACAUCAUGGACCGUGACAAGCGCUGGGACCGUGUUGAGAUCGGCUUGAAGGGCCUUGUCACCGGCGAGGGCGAGGAGUCCUCCGACCCCGUCAAGACCUUCCAAGCCCGCUACGAUGCAGGCGAGACAGAUGAGUUCCUCAAGCCAAUCAUCGUCAACGGCAAGGAAGGCCGCAUCCAGGACAACGACACCGUCUUCUUUUUCAACUACCGCUCCGACCGCGUCCGCGAAAUCACCCAACUCCUCGGCGACCAGGACCGCUCGCCCAAGCCAGACUUCCCCUACCCCCAGAACAUCCACCUCACGACCAUGACCCGCUACAAGACCGACUUCAACCUCCCCAUCGCCUUCGCCCCACAAGUCAUGGACAACGUCCUGGCAGACUGGCUCGCGCAGAAAGGCCUCAAGCAAUCCCACAUCGCGGAGACGGAAAAGUACGCCCACGUCACCUUCUUCUUCAACGGAGGCCAAGAGAUCCAGUACGACGGCGAAGACCGCGAGCUCAUCCCCUCGCCCAAGAGCGUCGCCACGUACGACCAAGCGCCCAAGAUGAGCGCCAUGGGCGUGGCAGAGCGGAUGGCGGAGAGGAUCGGCGACGGCAAGUACGAGUUUGUGAUGAACAACUUCGCACCGCCCGACAUGGUCGGCCACACAGGUGUCUACAAAGCCGCCGUCGAGGGCUGCACCGAAACCGACAAGGCCAUCGGUGUCGUGUACGAGGCGUGCAAGCAGCACGGGUACACAUUGUUCAUCACCGCCGACCACGGCAACGCAGAGGAGAUGUUGACCGAGGAGAAGACGCCCAAGACGAGCCAUACGACCAACAAGGUUCCUUUCGUCAUGGCGAAUGCUCCAGAGGGGUAUACGCUCAAGAAGCAGGAUGGUGUGCUCGGUGAUGUGGCGCCUACUGUGUUGGAGUUGAUGGGUCUGGAGCAGCCCAAGGAGAUGACGGGACAUAGUUUGCUGCAGAAGAAGUAG